AGGUUAUUUGAUGUAAAUCUCCUUGCACCAUGAAGCCUUGCUUGUUUCAGAAAUUACUGGCUCUUAUUUCAUUGCUCCGCAUUGUAUCCUGGAUACCUCUUGGACAAGCCGCUGGUCAAUGUAAUUUCGGAGGUUCAGAUUAUGGUAAAGCGCUCACAGGUCACACAUUUAAGAAAUUCAAGGUAAACCGCCCUUCUGAUUGCGUCAUAAGAUGUGAGAAUGAACCAGGAUGUCAGAGCUACAACUACAAGCUGGAGGAAAAAAUCUGUGAACUAAAUAGCAGAUCCAAGGAGACGAGACCUAUGAACUACAUAACUGACUUGACUCGAAUUUAUAUGACUGUUAAAUUCGUUGAAGGUAUGUUUUCACGCACAGCUGCUUCAAUUCGCUUUGUUCAUGAAUCCUAAUCAGAUCAGAACGAAACAGUUUUUCGUGGAUACCAAAGAGAAAUAACUGUGCGCAUGCGGAAGGAAGUGGUAUACCGCCUACUUUUGUGGUGUGACCAUUACUCUUAGAAGAUGUUUUUCUACACCAUGACUCGAGACAAAUUGGCUGUGACAAAGAAAGACAGCAGUUUUUCAGAUAGUAGCCUCCAUGGAUGGGCUAAGCGGGAGAUUGGGAUUUGAGAAGGCUCGGCAAAUUUAUUAUUUGGCCUCCGUUUUAAACCACUUUAGCCUUGAUAAUGUCUGUCGGUGCUAUUCUUAAUUGAUAGUUUAGACUGAUUACAGUCUACUAUUUUUCCCUAAGUUUCAAGAGUAUCAGAUCCACUUUUCCCCGUUGCUAUAAACGCCUACGCUCACCUUCUCGGUUCAAUUGAAAUUAAGAUGACCGCUGGUUACAGUAAGGGCUCGAUCUUAGCGAUUUACUUCUUUAUGUGGUUACCAGAACUUGACAACUUGUGAAUUGCGCUUAAUAGGUACGUGUAUACGGCACUGAUUCAUCGGCAUUUUGUGUAGUGCCUAUUGGGUUUACUUAAAUACAGUAUAUGCUUGGCCGAAAGUAGCGAAAUAACCUACACACUGUCUGUUGUGUAGCGUGGACUAAACUACAAUGUUAGCUGGAUCCGGCUAUGUAUAUGAAACUAACAAGAAACACAAAGCGGAUGGUUUCAGGACUGAAUGCCGUGCUUCCUAAUUCUCAGUCUCUCAUGUAUUUCACGAACUAAGGAAAACAUGGAAUAGCAAGUAAAUAAAACCCACAUAUAGUAAAGAAAUCAAAUCAAUCGUUAUACUGAAAUAAGGUCUCUUCGUAUAUCGCAGAUAAAGAUGAAUCCUCUUCAAGUCCGUGGAACAUAUCUGAUGGUAGGUAGAGCUACGCGCCAUGGUACUGAAUAUAAGAAAUAUCGAUAAGGUCGUGCACUGGCCAAGUUCAAAAAACUGAGAUAUCCUCAUAACGAUAUAGUAGAGGCAGCAGCCUGUAUAUUCUGGAGCGAGCAACUUCCGUGGACUCGUGUCACGGCGUUUUUACGGACCAGUUUACUUUAACAACGGUUUUGGUGCGAAUUUAGAAUAUCUUUAAAGUCCCGAAAACCAAUCAGCAAAACCUACAGACCUAAAAAUGAUAAUCAGUUUUGCCUUUUAAUGACGUCACGUUUUCCUUUUUGAUAUCUUAUAUUUCGAAUGCGUUCAUAGACGUGGCGGAGAUUCCAUUUUCGCGGGAAAAAGUGCCGUAAGAAGUGUCUAAAAAUAAACUGGUCCGUAAAAACGCCGUGACAUAGGCGAGAAUUGCUCGCUCCUGGUUAUCCGGGCUCCUGGUAGAGGCUUAGAUUCACUACUUGAUUUCAUCUAUCACAAAACAAUUUUACAAAUAAACGAAUAUUACUUAUAUUUGCUCUUGUGAACACAAGUUAUCAAAAAUGAGACCGCAUUUCUAUUGUUUUACCUCCACCACCGCCACCACAUUUCUAUUCUUUUCCCUUCACCGCCACCACCACCAUCACAUUUCUAUUGUUUUCCUCCUUCACUGCCGCUACCACCUUUUUUAAAUCUUUCAUUCCUUUGUUUUUUUUGUCAUUUAUUUUAUAUCCGCGCUUUAUAUAUUGACAGUUCAAGGCCUUCCCUCUGUUGAAACUGUGAAUCUAAUCCUUUCAGGUCUCCUUUCUUACUGGCGGCUCAAUGGUACGGACAGUCAAGUCAAGUAAGAAAACAUAUGAAAUAAUGAAGAAAAUUCGUAGUUUUCAGGCUUGUGUGUUCUCAAACAAAAUGAAAGGUCUCCUCAAUCUCAAUCAGUCCCAGAGCCCUCGUUCCCCGUUAGUUCAUUUACUGAUUUUCUCUGUUGCAACAAGAAAUUGGACUGUGAACUCCGCACCGGCAUGUACGUGACGUGACGAUAGUCUGAUACGUUAAAUUCGCCAAUACCAGUGUUAGGCCCAGAACUAUAAGUUCUCCACUCUCUCCUGCUUCCUUCAUUCAGGAGCUUAAACAACCACCGUCGGCGACGGUGGCGAAAACGUCAUUUAAAAUGUGAAUUCUCGUUGUUUCAAACCUCGUUGUUCUUAUUCUGUCCCGUUCAAUUUGUCAAAUUUUCGCAAAUUUUUCUGGAGUUGAAAUCUUGUGUUCACGUCCUUCACAAAACGUGAAAUUAGGAAGUUUCACCUCGUAGUCUUGCAAUGUCAGCAAAGAAAUGUACAAAAUAGCGUAGUGCAUGGUCAAGGAUAACGAAGACGCGAGGGACGAGUUUGAUUCCUACCUUAUAUUGCUAUUCCCUUUAUCACGUUUACUAUAUAGGGAGUAUGGAAUACCCACCUUGAUUUUUUGAACUAGAAAUAUCUGACAACUGACAAGUAGGUUGUGGAGAACACAGUUUGAGAUCGACUUUUACUUCUCGGUUCACUAGAACAAUUACAGCAAAAAAAAAGAAAAUACAGAAUUAAUAAACGCGGACCGAAAGCCUUACAAAAACGAUAACUUAAAGUACAACAAAUGACUAAGAAAACGAGCAAAAAUUACAGGAAAAACUAUACUUACAAGAUCUGUACGGCAACUCCGGAUACAACUAAGCGACUGAUUUACAUGAACCAAAAAUAAGACUUUAUACUAAACUGGACUGAAAAUAAUGAACCUAACGAACUUACAAAAAUUGACAAUAACGAUUACGUAACGCAACGCCGAGACUAGAAUACAGAAAGAAUACGCAUAUGAAAAAAGGCUACCAAAAGACUACUCCAAGCGCGAUAACAAAGGCACUAAUUAAACUAACUUUACACAACGCAAAACAUGAAAAAAAAUAAAGAACAGGAAAAAACUCGCAGUCUCUCGUGGCUACAUGCCCGCCCCAAUGAACUAUCCAAGUCUCUUUACAGUUCAUUAAUAGAGUCACUACCUAGGCACGAGCGUAAGUCCGCGAUCCUUAAAUAGAAUUCUUAGUAGUGAUGAAAUAAAUUUCCUUUUUCACAGCUUCUGGAAAAAAAAAGGGUUCGUUUUUUUUCUAAAUUCAAUGUGGCGCUCUCUGUCCUUCAAGGAAGCAUAACUUUGUUACUGGCCUGGUAAGAACGGUUAGACUCGUCUUAACCUUUGCUGAUCUGACAUAUCCGUCUUUUCCGGGAAAGACAUCAACAACUUUGCCUAACGGCCAUUUUCCGCGAUGGACAUUUUCAUCUGCAAUCAAUACUAGAUCUCCGAUCUCCAAGCUACGACGAGGCUUCAUCCACUUUGCUCUUUCUUGUAGGGUUGGCAAAUACUCCUUUAGCCAGCGCUUCCAGAAUAUGUCUGAGAUGUACUGCACCUGUCGCCAUCGGCGCUUGCUGUAACUAUCUUCCUUGCCAAAGGACCCAACGGGCAAACUUGGAUUCGAUCUCAAUAACAGCAGAUGAUUCGGCGUGAGAGGUUCUAGGUCCUUAGAGUCGCUACUCACUGGUGUCAAAGGUCGGCUGUUCAAAAUACCUGCAACUUCGGCCAUGAGGGUUUGCAGCAUUUCAUCAGUGACGAGUUGUUGUCCCAGCAAGGCUUUAAGGAUCUUACGAAUUGAUCUAAUGAUCCUUUCCCACGCUCCACCCAUAUGUGAUGCUCCAGGGGGAUUAAAUUUCCAGAUGAUCUUUUUCUGGCGAAGAAAGUCAUAAAUCGUUGUUUGAUUCCAUUCACUUAACGACUCUCGGAGCUCUUUCUCCCCUGCACGAAAUUUUGUACCAUUGUCACUGAAGAUGGUAGUUGGACAUCCCCUCAAACUGACAAAUCUUCGCAAGGCGUUUAUAAAGCCGUCGGUGUGAAGGGAAUGUACAACUUCGAUGUGGACGGCUCUAACAGCAAGGCAGGUGAAAAGGCAACCAUAACGUUUCACGUUUGAACGUCCUUGGCGCACAUAAAUAGAACCAAAAUAAUCCACCCCCACAUGAGUAAACGGCGGUUCUUCGGACAUCAGUCUUUCCUUUGGAAGAUCACCCAUCAGCUGUUCCCCACGCACGGUACCAAGUUUCUUGCACAGAAAACAGCCACUGAUCGCGCGACGCACAGCUGAUCGUCCUUUAAUAACCCAAUACUGGUGGCGCAGGCUGGACAAAACGUACUCUUGACCCAGAUGACCGGUUUUCUGAUGAUGCUGCGAGAUGAUUAAAUCUGUCACGUGAUCUCGGUAAGGCAGAAUGAUUGGAUGCUUUGUAUCGUAGUCGAUUAGAGCGUUUUCCAGUCGUCCUCCAACUUUUAGAAUUCCCAUCUCGUCCAGCAACGGAUGAAGUUUGCGUAUAUGCCCAGCCAUCUUUAGGUUCUUCAGCUCGGAAGUUGCCUGACGCGAGUGCUGUAAUGAACCAAUCCUUUGCAAGGCCUGGAUGACUUCGGGAAAUGAAAUUCUCUGUGUGUGCUUGAUAAUCUCCUUUUCAGCUUCUUUCAUUUCGUCUACCGACAGGACUCUUCUAUUUACACUACUCUUAACUUUGGAACUGAUUGGUCUUCGACUGUAUCGCUCAAUGAACCACGUUCUAAAUCUAUGUAACCAGGCCACUGCCCUCUUUAAUAAUUCCCAUGAUGAAUGGCGCUCGAUCAAACUUGAAAGAACAUCUCCACUUUGAUGGCCAGACGAUGAUUGGCUGUUAGACUGAGCACGUUUGAUCUCUGGAUCGUCAUCGGAUAACUCCGGUUCAAGAAGUGUAGGAUCACGAGGCCAAAAUUCAUCUCUCCUGGUUAGAAACUUCUUUGCCGUUAGAACAACUGGAGCGACCAACCCAAGUGGAUCAUAAACGGAGCUCAUCAUGCUGAGUAUUCCCCGACGGGUAUUUGGUCUGUCUCUUAGGGUAACCUUGAAAGUAAACUCAUCUUUCUCUAAAUCCCACUUGAGCCCCAGCGUCCGUUGGAUCGGUGGGUUUACUUUGUCCAGGUCAAGGUCAAGUACUGACGGGGCUCUCUCAACUCGCGGGAUGCAGUCCAAGACCUCUGAACUGUUACUCAACCAUUUGGUUAAUCGAAAUCCUCCUUUGGACAGAAUGCUUCUUAGCUGAUGCACAAAUUCCACACCGUUUUUUGCAGAUUUAACCGACUUGAGGCAGUCAUCAACGUAAAAGUUUCUUUUGACUGUCCUGACCACUUCUUCCGGGAAUUCGUCUUUGUUAUCUUCUGCUGUCCUUUUCAAAGCGAAGUUGCAACAACUCGGUGACGACGUUGCACCAAACAAAUGAACUUCCAUACGAUAAUCGACUGGUUGCUGAUUCAAGUCACCAUCCGGCCACCAGAGGAAUCUAAACGCGUCUUGGUCGUCUGGUGGUACUCUAACUUGAUGGAACAUGCACUCGAUGUCAGCUAAUAACGCGACUCGUUCUUCCCGGAAUCUCAUCAACACGCCAACUAUAGAAUUAGUCAAGUCCGGUCCAGUAAGAAGCUGAUCGUUAAGAGAUGUUCCUCCGUACUUGGCUGGACAGUCGAAGACUACUCUGGUUUUUCCAGGCUUGUUGAGCACAGGGUGGUGAGGUAAAUACCACAGCGGCCGCUUGUCGUCUACAUGAACCUCGUUACACGGUACCUUUCUUGCGUGUCCCUUAGCAAUGUACUCCUCCAUGGUGGUCUUGUAACUUUCAAAGAGUUUCUCAUCUUGUAGAAACCUUCUCUUCAGUACUUGAAGCCUUCGUUCUGCCAUGGGCCGAUUAUAAGGCAGGAAUGGUGGGUACUGUCUCCAGGGAAGCGCCACCUGAUAAUGACCUUGAUCAAGUUUCACAGAUCGUUCCAUGAUUGCAAGAGCUUUCUUGUCUUCCACUGACAUGCACACGUUAGAGUCACCCGCCAAGCCGUAAUUCUCUAUGGCCCAGAACCUUUCGACUUGCUGCAUGAGACAAUCUUUUCUCGCUGACUCCACCAAGCGAACAAAGUUAACAUUCAGAUGGCGUUCUCGGCAAUCGAUGCGUCCCACUGGGCGCAUGAGUGUCCAACCAAGAGGUGUUCGAAUGGCAUAUGGCUCUCCUCUAUUACCACGCCUUUCUUCUAAUACCCAGAAGGCCUCUGCUGGCGCGUUAGUGCCUACGAUUAAUCGGACUUCUUUCUCGCUAAUACUUUGUAACUUUAUGUCUUCAAGGUGAGGCCACUGUUUUGUAUCUUGCUCUGAUGGGAUACUUCGGCGUGAGGCGUUCAGUCUAUCAACAGUCCAUAGUCUUUUAACUUCAACCUUGUCAGUACCAUCAAGUGACUCUACGGUUAGGCUGAUCUCACGACCAACUCUUGGGCUGUCUUCUCUUUCUUGAGUUGUCAGGAAGAAUGUAUUUUCUUGCCCUCGAACUCCAAGCUCCCUCGCUAGCGUCUUGUCGCAUAAGGAGAUAUCUGAACCGCUGUCUAGAAGUGCGUACGUUUCCACUACCUUGUCUGCAUCGCGACUUCGGACUUUCACAGGGACCACCCUCAGGCAAACCUUUCCCCCUCCUGUUGAGGUACUGUUAGUCUGUCCACUUGAUAACAGCGUGCCAUUGCUUACUUGGGUUCCUUGUUCAACCGAGACUCUGGUUCUGUUUUCAACUGAUUGCUGUGAGGGCGGAGGGUGAAGUAAAGUAUGGUGUCGUCUCUUACAACCUUGGACUUCACAUGUACUCCCUGCUAAGCAUCCCACUGCAAUGUGACCGUACUUGAAGUAAUUAUGGCAUAACUGAGCUUUCCUCAUCACUUGUAGACGUUCUUCGAAAUUCUUCUCUAUAAAAAUCUUGCAUUUCGCUAAGGGGUGAGCUGCAUUGCAUACCGGGCAGACUGCAUAUCUCGUAGAUGGUGCUUCUUUGUGACCAGGUGAACUCAACUGUCCUUCUCUGAAAUCGAUCUCUUGAGUACUGAAUGCGUUACCGCGCUCAUCGGGCAAUGUAGCUCUUUUAGGCUUAGGCUUACGUCUCUGACUAUCCGAUCUGCCUCGUGCGUCGUCUAUCACGCAACCAAACACAGGGUUAUUUGCAGCUCUCGCCUUGAUUUUGACAAAUUCUGCAAUGUGACUAAUGUUCGUUCUUUGACCUGCUUCCUGGAUUUGAUCUGCUACUUCAACAAAUUUAGUCCUGAGAUGAAACGGCAGCCUCUGAACAAUUCUUCUUAGGUUGUCGGCGCUAUUGAUUUCAUCCAGGUAGCCAAUAGAUUCAAGUGUAUUUUCGCAAUCCUUUAACUGGUCAGCAAAUGCUAAUAAUCCUGUACGAUCUGAAGGCUUCAGAGGAGGACCUUCUGUUAGCUUGGUCACGUACUGCGAGGCAAUUCAGAAGGGAUGUCCGAACCGUUCUUCAAGUAGCCUUCUUGCAGCUUGAUAUCCUAGGGAAGGAUCCUUGUACAAAAAACAUUUGAUCGUGUCCUUUGCUACACCCGAUGUGUACUGAAGAAGGUACAUCAGCUUCUCGCUUUCGCUAGCUGCAUUAGAGACGAUGCUUGUUUCAAACGAUUUAAUAAAAUUCCAGUACUGGAGGGGAUCACCAUCAAAGAUUGCCAAAUCCUUCUUCGGCAACGCAAACCCCUGUUUUAUGGUUAACGCCAUCUUGCCUAUAAAUUCUUCAGGCAAAAUAUAUUCGUUUUCUGAAACAGAGGAGGCUGUGCUGGAUCUGGCUAGUGGACCUUUGAAUUCUAGCGCAUUGGGAUUCAACUGUGACUGUGAACGUUUGGAUUCAAUUGAUUUCUGUCCGCCUCUGGGCUCAGGGUCUUCCUGCUUAUAGCCGCUUGUAGCUCGUCCUUCAACUCCUUUAUCAAACGGAUUCAGCUCUUUAAACACCUCCGGAAGAUUACGGUAAUCGAUAUCUUCAUCUUGCAACAACUUAACUUGCAGGUCUGUUUUUUGGACUUCAUACUGUGCCUCCAAAACUUCUAACUUUAAUUCAGUCUCUUCCUCCUGACGUAAUAAUUCUUGCUUUUGCGUUAACUGUUUCAGCUUUAAAUGAGCUAACGCUUGCUUGGCCUUCAGCUGUCUAAUAGAUAAAUGCGCGGUGCUGACGACAUCUUCAGGCUGUGUGUCUAUAUCUUCGUGAGUUACAACUGGCACCUUUACGCUAGGAAUCCAUUGUUCAAUUCUUGAUUCAAAAUUCAUCUUUCGGUUGCAAUGUUCUUUAAAAUAACGUGCUUCGCUUUCCCAUUCUUCUAAGUUUCUAGAUAAAGUGGCAAUGUAAUCGUAAUGCGCCUUCUCGAAGCGAGCAAAGACUUCGUCAAUGUCCAAUAAUUUCUCCGAAACUUCAUUGACAUUCUUUGAAUCAUUUAAGAGUUCUUCAGUUUCUCGGUACAACGUGGUUAUUCUCGACAAGUACCCAGCUCUUGAAUUUUUCAGUCGCAGACUGUCUAAAGCAUCUUCAGAAUGAAAACGGCGUCUUCUUUGCCACUCCCUAUCAACUCCGGAACACAUGACAUCCACUAACAGAUCUUUGAAUGCAUGUAGAGAACACUCUCGUACAGUUUGAGAUCGACUUUUACUUCUCGGCUCACUAGAACAAUUACAGCAAAAAAAAAAGAAAAUACAGAAUUAAUAAACGCGGACCGAAAGCCUUACAAAAACGAUAACUUAAAGUACAACAAAUGACUAAGAAAACGAGCAAAAACUACAGGAAAAACUAUACUUACAAGAUCUGUACGGCAACUCCGGAUACAACUAAGCGACUGAUUUACAUGAACCAAAAAUAAGACUUUAUACUAAACUGGACUGAAAAUAAUGAACCUAACGAACUUACAAAAAUUGACAAUAACGAUUACGUAACGCAACGCCGAGACUAGUAUACAGAAAGAAUACGCAUAUGAAAAAAGGCUAACAAAAGACUACUCCAAGCGCGAUAACAAAGGCACUAAUUAAACUAACUUUACGCAACGCAAAACAUGAAAAAAAUAAAGAACAGGAAAAAACUCGCAGUCUCUCGUGGCUACAUAGGUAUUUUACCUGUUAGGCUUGAUAGCCGUAUCUGCCGUCAUAUAACCUAACAGCAACCUAAAGGUGUUCUUUGAUACUUAAAACUCAUUCAGAACCUUCGUUUUUCUCCGAUGGGUCUUUUGCAAAGUUGCUCCUGCGUAGGCUAAGGCACGUAUACUCUUUAGGGUAUUCGCGUCAGGACAGUAACUUAACUGGGUUCUGUUGCGUAAAGUACUGUAGGAACUCUACCCUGCAGAGCUCUAUGUGAAGAGAGAAUUAGCCGCGUGAGACAACAUAAACUGUCGUUAUGUCCUUUUGCAGCUUAAAGGGAUCUGCUAGAUACGAGGAGCAAGAUGGAAGGACAACUCUGUAUACAGAUGGAAGCAGUGGGACGUUCGCGGAGACUCCGUCUCUUCCCAUCCAUCGCACAAACCUGACAAUCGCCGCAUGGAUCAAAAUGAAGACCUCGGGGGCGAAAGAGUAUACAGUUUAUGGCGACUGGUCUAAUACUCCGUCGUUUCGAUUGUCUAUUAACCAGAAUAGUCACUUUUGUGCCCAGGCGAGAAAUGAAUAUGAUAUAGAUGUUCUGGGAUUGUGUACAAGGUAGGUAUUAUCACGUGUCUUUAUUAUAUGUUAUAUGUCGGUAUAGUCGUCUCAUCCAUCUGAUUAUUGCCACGAGUGGCAUCGAAUGGUCGUAUUCAUGAAAUCUCUCCAGGCUUUACUAAUCACAGGCUAGUCUCUCACAAAGAUGCCAAUCUACAAUCCGCUGGCCACGCGUACUCAACUCGUUCCAUAGAGUACUCUUACACACAGCCGACAGCCAUUAGGGAUUACUACAAGUAUUUCUUCUACCCAAGGACAAUUACAGAAUGGAACAAACUCCCAAGGGAUACAGCAUUGUCCAAUUCACUGGCUGCUUUUAAAAAUGCAAUUUCAAACAUUUAUUGACGCUUUUAUUACUUUGCACUCAUAAGCGCUAUUUCUGUCACUUUUGUUUUCCUUUGUUUGUUUGUUUGUUUGUUUAUUUUUUCUAGAGCGGUCUAAAAUGCUCAAUAUUGAGUAAAAGACCUAAAUGGUAAAUAAAUAAAUAAAUAUAUAAACUGGUAAUAGUUGACACUACAGCUGCCCCCGUUCUGUAUAUUGUCGGUCAAUAGUUAUUCUUGCUCGUUGUGUAGCUCUGAAAUAUACCGAUUCAUAAUGAAGAUUUUCACACAUAUUCCAUACAAUAGGUGAGAUAAAUACAGGAAACGCAAGGGUCCACGCACAGUUUCAGCGCGAUUUACACAACUUUGAUCAAAACAUUCGCAGUUUCGAGAAAAGUUUAUUCUAAACCAUAAGAAAAGAUUUAUUAGAAGUUGAAUUUUUCGCUAUUUCUCUUUACUUUUUACAUCCAGUUCAUGUUAUUUGCCGGAAAGUAAGCCUUGGAAAUUAAAAGGACGUUUGAUCGAUUCACGCUUGCGCAUUCUAGUCUUAUUUGAAACUUUAUAACGGAAGGACAUCUGUGAGCAGGGAAUAAGUCAGCACAGAAUUUGAUUGUCGGCGAAUUUCUGUUAUUUCUGUAAUCGUCCAUCGUUCGAUAAGCUAGCCAUUGUUCACUCGUCUUGGUUGUUUGGGGCUGAGUCUUAUUCCGGUCAAAGAGAGAGAAAGAGUGUCUGGCAAGGUUUCCAAUAUAAAUCAAAGAUUUGUGAACUCGUGUCUUGCAAACUCUCCAAGUGUUUAUACAUACACAGUUAAACGCACCUUCUAACCUCAUCUGCGCUUAACGAGUGUCUUUUGGUCCAUAACUUUCAAAACAACUGCUCCACAGAAUGUUACUGCGUAACACAAAAGAGUAUCGGAGUAUGAGCGCACAAUAAAUGUCACAAAAUCUACCUGACCGGUCCCUUCGGGAUUUUCUGUCUUUACGUCAUCCUAACCGUUUCGUACUUGCGGGCGCAAACAAUAGAAACGUCAUCAUUACCUACCGAUUCCUCGCAGCCCCUGUUCAAGCAAAUCGAGAUUUUUUCUAUAUUGACUGUAUGACUGUAUAUUUCAACCGUAAGUACUUUCCUUAAUAAACGCGCGAGUUACUAGAGUGCCUCCUCGGGAUUUCGCCUUCUGGGCGAAAUCCCUGCGGGGGCAAUAAUCAAUCAUCAAUAACAUCCACGAGUAUUCUGCGAUACGCAAUGAGUAAUCGAACAUAGGGAAAAACGCUUUCCGGGGUGAAAACAAGUUGAUGCAAACUCCUAAUUCGCUGACCUUGAUGUGACUGCUUUCGUGAGAGUAUUUUUUCGUGCGCGGGUGAACUUGAUUCCAUGUUUGCUGGAUUUCGUGAACUGUUCAUGUUUUUAACCAAGUAACCCAAUCAGCUAGGGCGGAACCAGAACCUUCAGAAAAGGGCGGGGGGAUAACUUGCCAGCUUUUUGAUACUAUUUAUUUUUCCGAGAAUUGUUAAAUUUGAGGGACAAAGUGAGGGGGGAGCAGGGGAGGCUGUCCCCUCGAACCACCGCUAAAUCCGCCCUUGCCACGAAAGCCUGGUUUUCGUAUGUCGGGAAAAUCCCAGACGAUGGGGAAUUUUAAUUAUUGCCGACCAUCCCAGAUUUUGCCGAUAUAUCGGAUAAUCGCCAGAAGUCUAUACCAGAUUCUCGAGAGAAGCCGUGUUUAUUUGUGAUAGGGGACUGGAGCCCAGCAAUGUAGGGGAUUGGUAUUGAGCGAAAUCCAUCGCCGACGUCCCCGACGGUACAAAUUUGAGUUUUCAUUUGUCGGGAAUGAUCGACGACCAUGGCAGAAAUCUGGGACGCGUCCGGAAAAUAGAACGCCCGAUUCUUCAGAUUUGUCCCCGUCCAUCCAAGACGAUCGGGAAUAUCUAAGAUUUCGAGUUUUCAUCAGUCGGAAAAAUCUGGGACAGUCUGGAAACAGUAAAAUGCCCGAUCGUCUGGGAUUUUCUCGACAUAUGAAAACCAGACUUAAAGUGUAUUAUGAAUUCCGCUCUCGUAUCACGAGAAGAGAGCCAUGAGGCCUCCUCAACUGGCAUAAAUUUUCAUUAGACUCUCAGCCUCAUAUAAAAAUUGUUGAAUAGCUAAACAAGUAUAACUGUCAACGUAAACAGCAGUAUCAGUUAGAUACUUGGAGUGUAGUUUCUCGGUAAGGUGAUGUUUGUUGAAAAGUUCGCCAUCUUGGAUUCACCAUUUUGAAUUAAUUCAAAUGUAAUAAAUUCACUAUUGUCAAAUUAAUCGAGAGGAAUGGGCUAAAAAAGUAAAUGCCACCCAUGACAUAUCAAUCCCCUCUCUAUUUUUUGCAGAGAUGCUGUCCGAGUUAACAAGUGGAGUCACGUGGCAAUGACUUGGGGACGAACAGAAGGUACUCUAAGGCUUUUCAUAAACGGAGAGAUGAAUACGAGUAAGAACGUGACAAGCAACUCAAUGGACAUCAAGAAUUCAGGCCAUUCAGUGUACGACAUUGGCUUAAAGAGAGAUGACGGGGAAACUACUCAUGCGUACUACAGUGACCUCAUGGUGUUUAGUCGCGAGCUACGCUUUUCAUCCAUUGAAAAUGUGAAUCAGAUAAAGGAACAUCUUGUUCUUAAUCACCCGCUGUACGCUUAUAUUUAACUUUUUAAGCUUAUGCUUAUGUCAUCGGCUUGCCCCAGGGGUAGGAAAGCGAGCCUUGCCGGAGAAUACAAGGGAAUGGAUUGGAUUUACUGCUCCUGAGGAAGGAAAGAUUUUACGACAUUGAGUUCGCGGGAAAGGGGUGGGAGUUUUCAAAUUUAAUCGCGGACAGCAAUAUGACUGGGGUGUCACGGGGAUUUAAGACUUUCCCCAAACCAUA